AUGCCGAUAGGGUCUAUUACAUCCAUGGCCCUUGCUGCCACCGCUGUGGUUCUAACCGCGUCUGUCAUCGCCGGGACUGUAACCAUGGUCAUUAUAUUUCAGAUUGAGACCGAGGGCGUGAAUAUGACAGCACCUCCAACCAUCUCAACCACAACUGAAGGACCACCACCAGCCAUGCGGCUGCCGAAGAAUCUCAUACCUGAGCGCUACGAGGUCUUCAUCCAGCCUCACCUCUACUCUCAAAUCAUUGAGGUUGUGAAUGAAACCAGUCCCAACCAAACGAUGCUCUUCACAGGAUACUCAACUGUUUACUUUAACUGUUUCCUGCCAACUAAAAGCAUAUACCUCCACAGCAGGAACCAGGUGAUUUCUAAUCCUAUGGUGAAGGAAAUAAUCUCUCGUAACGAAGUAAAGGUGGACAGUUUUCACCACCACACAGAUGGCAGUGACUUCCUGGAGAUCAAAUUGAGGGAAUCAUUGAAGUUAGGACACAACUACAGUUUGUAUCUGGAAUUCAGUGGAGACAUUUCUGAAAAUCUUGAAGCGCUGUACGUAAGCACAUACACCAAAGGUGUCCCAUCCGAUGUAGUUGAUCCAAAUUCAAUGAGGUACCUUGCCGCCACUGACUUGGAACCAACAGAUGCCAGGAAAGUGUUUCCUUGUUUCGAUGAGCCAGAAAUGAAAGCAGAGUUUGAUGUGGCCGUCCAACAAAGGAAAUCAAUGUCAGCUAUAGGAAAUGCGGCCAUAGCAGACAGGAAUGUCAUAGAUGUGGACUGGGAACUAACCAAAUUUCAUACAACGCCAAAGAUGUCGACGUACUUGUUUGCCAUCGUUGUUUCAGAGUUGAAAGAAAAGUGCACCGUAUAUGAACAUCAACCUGUGACUAUGUGUAUACAUGCUCGCCCUGCGGCCAUUGAAGCUGGACAUACUGAAUAUGCAGAAAGCAUCUCCAGAAAGAUUCUCGACUUCUACAAUGGUCGUUUUGGAAUUACGUACCGUCUUAACAAGCUAGAUCAAGUUGCACUGCCAGACUUAAAUCCUGCAGCAAUGGAGAACUGGGGAUUGGUCACAUACCAAGAAGCAGGCCUGCUUUAUGAAGAGGGAGUGUCCUCACUGUUGCAUAAGGAAGUGAUUGCCACCCUUAUUGCACAUGAACUGGCACACCAGUGGUUUGGGAAUCUGGUGACAAUGAAAUGGUGGAACCAAAUCUGGCUGAAUGAGGGCUUUGCCAGCUACAUGUCAUACUUCGCAGUGGACUAUGUUGAGCCCACGUUUGAAAUAGAAGACGUGUUUAUCAUGAGCGACCUCCAUACAGCAUUUGAAGAAGACGCUUUGGCUUCGUCUCAUCCUCUCAGUGUUCCGCAGGACGACAUCCAGAGGACUUAUGAGAUCAUUGAGAUGUUUGAUACUAUAACCUACAGCAAGGGGGCUAUUGUCCUGAGAAUGCUGGCAGACGUCAUAACCCAAACAACUUUCAACAAAGGGAUCAACUCGUAUCUCAAGGCCUUCGCACUUCAAAACACUGACCAGAAUGACCUCUGGGAGUAUAUACAGAAGGCUGUUCAAGAGGAUGGCGGUAAUACUGAUGUUGCCGAGAUGAUGGACACCUGGACCAAUCAAGUUGGAUAUCCUGUCGUCACCAUCAACACUACCAGUGGUGUGAUUUACCAGAAGCACUUCCUGUUCAAUGAUACUGCUGAGUCUAGACUUAUGUGGCACAUCCCUAUCCGAGUCAUGUCAAAUAUAUCUGAUGCUUCUCCUGUACCUGAUUGGUUGACAAUGGAGUCAGCAACUAAAGAUCCAUUCCAGUCUAAAAAAGGAGAGUGGAUCCUAGCAAAUGUCAACUGCACUGGAUAUUACAGAGUGAAUUAUGACCCAGACAACUGGCAACGCCUCUUGAAUCAGCUGACGACAAACCCCAAUAGGAUUCCAGUGAUGAACAGAGGGCAGCUUGUUGAUGAUGCAUUUAACUUGGCAAGGGCCAAAAUGGUCAACGUGACUCUAGCUCUGAAUUUCACCCAGUUCCUUGUUAAUGAGACAGCAUACCUUCCUUGGGAGUCUGCAGUGAGGAACCUCAAGUACUUUGUCCUCAUGUUUGACCGCUCCGAGGUGUAUGGACCAAUGCAGACGUACCUCCGUCAUCAGGUUGAAGGCCUGUAUGACUUCUUCAGUAACUACACUGACAAUAACGCUGUCCCACAGAAGCACUCCUUACAGCAUAAUCAGAUCACCGCUAUAGAUGUGGCCUGUUCCAAUGGGCUCCCAGCAUGUCUGGAAAUGACUACAAGGCUGUAUGGUGACUGGAUGAAACCUAACAGCACCAACAAGAUCCACUCCAACCUGCGGUCUGUAAUCUACUGCCAAGCUGUGGCUCAGGGUGGGAAGAAAGAGUGGGAGUUUGCCUGGGAGAAAUUUCAGAGCUCCAGUGAAACCUCAGAGAAAGAGCAGCUCCGAGUAGCUCUGUCCUGCACCAAGAAGACCUGGCUGCUCAACAGAUAUCUGGAGUACACCUUGAACCCUGAGAAGAUACGGCUGAUGGAUGUUGCUUCCACUAUUAACUAUAUUGCCAAUAAUGCGGCGGGGCAGGCGCUGGCAUGGAACUUUAUCAGGGCACACUGGGACUACGUCAGUCUGGGGGAUGGAGCCAUGCUGAUCGAGGGAGUGACUAGACGGUUUUCCACACAAUUUGAACUGGAAGAGCUGGAGCGUUUUAACACAACCUAUGAACUGGGUCCUGCUAAUGCAGCGGUGCACCAGGCCAUAGAGCAAACCCAAGUCAACAUCCAGUGGGUCCGUGAGCACCAAGAGAUUGUACUGGACUGGUUUGAAAAGGCCGUGAAAGACUACGAUCUUUGAUUUUUUUUCCUCAGUCCUUCAGAGAUCAGUGGUGCUGGCACUUUUCAAUCCUGCAGCUG